AUGCCAUCAUCAAUGCCAUCAUUAUCACAAAGCGCCCAAGACUUUCUUCACGUCAGCAUGAACGACUUCCCCGAAGUCGAUAUUCAAAUUUCAAACAUCGAAAGUGCUGAGCAAAAACGAGAGAAGCAGACAUAUAUGAUGGCACUUGACGGAAUCAACAUAGAAGACAAUGAGCAGGAUACCCUAUUUACCAAAUUAAGCAUUGACAGCAUGUAUUCAAGCUACCUCGCAGCGCGGACUCAUGUCCGCCAGUACACUCAACUCCUGUUACUCUUGAAGCACGAGGAAGAUGCAUGGGCGCAGAGAGUUACAAAGGCAAGUUGUCUAAUGCCGGAAUAUAAAUCUGUAGGGUGGGUGGCAUAG